UGUGAUGGUUGGGAGAUGCCGCGGCUCUUGGUGCUCUGCGUGUUUGUAGCCAUCUUCAGCUACGUUUCUGUUUCUAUAGAGGUUUGCACCAGCGCCUUGAUACCAGGAGCUAAAGGGGACCAAGGUGAGAUUGGAGAUGAUGGAGAUCAGGGGAAACUGGGGAAGAAUGGACCACCAGGACUUCCAGGAGUGCCGGGGGAGUUGGGCCUUAAAGGAGAAUUGGGCCACACAGGAAAGAUUGGGCCUACUGGAGACAGAGGUGACAAGGGUGAUAAAGGUUUAGAUGGACCAGCUGGUUUAAAAGGGAAACCAGGUACAAUGUGUGACUGUGGGAGGUACAGGAAGGUGGUUGGACAGCUCGAUAUCAAUGUAGGCAAGCUGGGGAAUGCAGUCAAGUUUGUGAAGAACGUGGUUCUAGGCUUGAGAGAAACAGAAGAGAGGUACUACCUGCUGGUGAAGGAGCCCAAGAGGUUUAGAGAGGCUUUAAUGAACUGCAAGCUCAGAGGAGGCACCCUGGCCAUGCCCAAAAGCACCAACAUCAACCGUCUCAUGGCAGACUAUGUUAGUCAGGCAGGACUGACAAGAGUGUAUAUAGGAGUGCAGACUCAAACCGAGGGCGUGAACGGGAGCAGUCACGUUUAUGCAGACUCCACCCCUCUGCAGGGUUUUGUAUCUUGGAGCCAAGAGGAGGAGCUACAGCCCAACACAAACUCCAGCUGCGUGGAGCUGCUCAGCACUGGAACGUGGGCUCACGUGGAGUGUGAAGCCACCAUGUUUUUCAUCUGUGAGUUCCCGAAGAGCAGGAGGAGAAGAGAAGGAAGAGAGGCAGUUGCCUCGUCAUCAUCGUGACCUUUACCACUCACUGCACAUGUCAAGACAAGGAUCAGA